GUCAGAGGCCAGCACAUUUCCAUGGAUGAAUGCUGAUGAUGUUGACUUUCGCAAACGAUGGAGGGAGCACUACGCUGGAGAACAGUACAGCAUGGAGGGAUCAUCGAAAAGGCUUUGCAAGAAGGGGAAGAGAUGGACAUGAUGUCUCAAUACUAUCUCUUUGGCCGGAACUCUCCAUAAGACUGUCAAAACUUUGUGAGGGUCCUAGGCCAGGUGCAACAGGUUAGGACUCCGCAAAGCUUCCACUGGGUAGCAGCAAAUGCUGCUCCUCAGGGUCUCGAAACGCCAGCUCUAUGCAAAUACAUCAUCUACGGUUGUAUCUGUCCGGAUAUGGAUACUUUCGACGGAGAUGGUCUCAAAGCAACGGACAUACUGUAUUCUGAACACCUUAAACUUGAGGAAAAUAAGCCUGAGCUUGCGAGAGCAAGAGCUGCUGUCCGGCAAGAUUAUGAAGUAAUCGCACAUGAGAGAGCGAAAAGGAUGCUGGAUAUCUACGAAAAGCAAAUUGAAGAGACGGGCAGUUUUGGUGCCAAAACGGCUUGGGCCCAGAUCGAGCCACAGAUUCCAAUUUGGAUUACAGAAAUUGCCAAUAACGGUACUACAUAUGGCUUCGCUAUUUUCAAGUCUUCCAAGUUUACAUCAAGACCGGAAGUUGGAUAUAAGCAGUGGCUCGGUGUUUUUGAUGGAAGCGUUCCAGUUGAAUAUUCUGCUGCGUCCGAAUCAAACGAUUCUGAUCCUUUCAUGGAAUGCGACGAAUUGACUGGAAUACAAGCUGCCUCUGGAACUGUUUUCAAGGGCCAUUUCGUGACUCCUUAUUGGAAUCUCUGGUGGGACAACGAACUGGUGGACGAGGAUGCCCCGGAGAGUAUACGAGAACGAUUUGCUACCUUGGCACCAUCGCUAGAAGGCAAGAUGUCAAAGACUACGUUUCUUGUUAUCACUAGCGACUGCGUUCCUCAUGAGCUGGACGAAAACAAGCUUGUAAUGGAAACAGAGGUACCCCGUACGAAAUCGCCAGGGCAUAUCUAUUAUCCCGACUUAGUGCCACUAUUUGUCUGGGCUUAUGAUGCUCAUUGGGUGCCGCCUGCUGACAUGACAUGCGAUGAGGACGGCUAUCAAGGACGAGUAAAAGUCGAUGCGGAAGUCAUAUUUUCUUGGUUUUACUAUGCUCGAGAGGAGACAAGCCAUACUAUGAAGGACCUAUGGCGCCGGGCUCAAAAAGAGCCAAACCAAAUCUGGACAGCAGAGGCAGCCUUGCUCGAUCGGGGCGUACCUGUAGAGCUGAUUUAAAGCAUACAGAUCUAGUGGAGGUAUUGAUGUAUGUUAUAUACAACGGAACAAAACAUCGUAAUAGUAAAAUUCCUA